GUCUAGUGCUUUUAUUUUGAGACAGGAUAUUCUUAUCUGCAGGGUUCAAACAAAAAACCCUACAUACCCAAGAUGUGGAAAAAAAAUGCAAUAAAGGAAAAAAAAACCCUCCUAAUGUUUUAAGUAAGUUUACGAUUUAUUCCUGCUUAUAGCUGGGUCAGAUGCAGGCAGUUGGUUGGACAACACAUCUAGCUAGCUUUUGCCACCACACCCUAGCUGGAGGAAAGAGGUGUGUUAUAAACCUAGACGAUCUGGGUGAAGUUCAGUAGUUGGUAUUCAACAGAUGGUUGCUACAGGAAAGAGCAAAUGAUUAAGCAAAUUGGGUUAUAACAAGACGCCAGAAGACUAAGGACACAGAAAAACGCUCUAGUAUACUAGACAUUAGUGUGAAAAUGGCAUAAUGUAAACACCAAGAUUCCAGGACUCUGAUCAAAACUCCAUAGAUGUGGCUUUAAGCCUCUACUGGUUCUUUUAGAUAGAUUCCUGUUGCCUUUGGUCCUCUUGUCAUUUCAGUCUACACCUACAGAUUUACCGUAUUGACCACAUACUCAUUUUCUAUCUAGGACUCUAUGUGGAGCUCCUCAUCCACUAGCCCACGUUUUGUACAGGCUACGAGUUAAAAUACCGUUCUGAAAAUAGCCAUUUGGCCUGCAAUAAACAAUUCCCCAUCACAGCAUCCCUAGAAUUUACUUACUGAACAGUGAUAGAGAAUAACAAUAAAUAAGAGAGUGCAACUGUGCACAAAGUAGCUUCAGAACCUUAAAUAUACUCCUAGAGGCCCUAGCUUUUUAAAUUUAUCUCUACUGCAUAGAUUAAUAAGGAGAAAUGUUCCUAGUGAAUAGAGACUUAAAAGUACCCAAACACUACCUGUGCUGCUAAAUUGCUGGGAUUGCAGGUAAAUUGUAAAUCUUUAACAGUUGUGUGUGUGUUGUUGUUUUGUUUUCUGCUCUGAAGAUCUCUUUGCUCCUGUCUCCCUAGUUCUAGGUGGUAAAUGGCAGUGGGCCCUCAGAGUAGGCCCUCAAACGAAGUUUUGUGUGCGUGUAUACAUUUGUGUAACCUGGCUCAGCACAACAGGAAAUUGUUCCGCAACAUCUGGAAAAGAGAAGCAAACCAAAAUGCCCAGGCCGGCUCAACCCACACUCCACCCAAACGAGGAGUCUGCGAGGGCGGGGAGAUCCCGCUAAACUGAGUGGCCAGUGCUCCGCCCACGGAAACAAAUCCUUCUCAGGCGGCCAAUCCGCAACCCUAUGUAAAUGAAAAGGGGCGUGGUUAGAGGGACGCCCGCUGUGGACGGAGCCACUGCGGAAGCAGGGACCUAACCGAGGGUAGUAUUGAUUGGCUGGCACGUAGGUGGGCGGGGCCUGCAGAUAGAUCCGCCUCGCCGAAGGGUGGCGCCUGAGUAAGGAAGGACGCUGAGCGCCGCACCGCAGGGGCGGAGCCGGAAGCGGGGCGUUGAGGUCUCCACCUCCGCGUCCGUGAGCCGGCCGUUCCCCCGCUUCUGCUCCUAGUCCGCCCCCGAAGUCACAGCCUGGUUCCCGGAGGCCGGGGCCCUUAGCUUGGGCGGGGUGGCGCGGGCCGAAAGGACGCCAUCCGGGCCUCGGCCAUGGAGGCUCCCGCACCGUCCCUCACGGAGGAGGACUUGACUGAAGUGAAGAAGGACGCUUUAGAAAAUUUACGUGUUUACCUGUGUGAGAAAAUCAUAGCUGAGAGACAUUUUGAUCAUCUACGUGCAAAAAAAAUACUAAGUAGAGAAGACACGGAAGAAAUUUCUUGCCGAACUUCAAGUAGAAAACGGGCUGGGAAGUUGUUAGACUACUUACAGGAGAACCCCAGGGGCCUGGACACCCUUGUGGAAUCCAUCCGCAGGGAGAAAACACAGAACUUCCUGAUUCAGAAGAUAACGGAUGAGGUGCUCAAGCUUCGGAACAUAAAACUGGAGCACCUCAAAGGCCUGAAGUGCAGCAGCUGUGAGCCCUUUGCAGCUGGAGCCACCAACAACCUCUCUAGGUGCAAUUCGGAUGAGAGCAAUCUCUCUGAGAAACAGAGAGCCUCCACUGUUGUGCACCACCCAGAGGGAGAGUCCAGCACUGCCCCCUUCUUCUCUACCGAGUCGUCCCUGAACUUGCCAGUCCUGGAAGUUGGCAGAACUGAAAACAGCAGCUUCUCUUCANCCACUCUACCUCGACCUGGGGACCCUGGGGCACCCCCUUUGCCCCCAGACCUGCGGUUGGAAGAGGGGGGAAGCUGUGGGAACUCAAGUGAGAUGUUUCUCCCCUUGCNGUCACGGGCCCUCUCACGCCAGUGAUACAUCACCACCUAGAUGUUCUACUAGUGAUGCAAAACGGUGUGAAGGAUAUCAUCUUUUUAUACAAACCAUGGUGACAGGUCACUCCCAUUCGAUGCGUGCCUUUUAAAUCACAGUGUACACAUUCUCUGUAAAUAGGAUUUGUUAAAGAAGCACUCUAGGGGCGGCAUGGUAGAAAUCAUGGUGGUCUAGGGGCGGUGUGGAAAUCAGGGUGGUUGUGACUUUUCCAUAAUGUCCUAUCUUUUUUAUUAUCUUUAGGUGUUUGUGAAUUUUGAACUUUUUAUAAGACUAAUUUUAUCGGAAUAUCUCUCAAUUUGAGAAAACAACUUGUGGAUUGGAAAUAAUGUUUUUUAGCACAUUUAUGCUACAAAUUUUCAAUCUGAUUGUUCUUCCCAAUGAUCUGGCAGUACAUUUUAGNUGUAAGCUGUUCUGUUUCAGGAAAGCUGGACACUGGGGAAGAAGCGGUCGGGUUCUGAGGAGACACCUGAUGGCACUGAGCCUUAUGACCUCAGUGGGCCAGAAUGUGUUUUAUACUCACCCUGCCGGUGUGAGUGUCUUCCCUUUUAUAGACCUUGUGUCCUCAGUCUUAUCCUACAGGAUGUUGUCCUGGCGAGGCAUUGCUUGUAAUUAAUUGUUGAUACUUGUGAUUGACUAAAUCCUUGCUCUGAGCCAUGGGUUCUGGCUCGGUGAGUGCUGCCAUGUGGAGCAUGGGUGAGCACCUAGAAGAACUGACAGAGGAUGUGUGCGGUGGGCAGUGUGGUUUUAGGGUUUGCAUCAGGCAGCCGCCAGCUCCAGCCAUGUUUUUACUGCGUUAUAAAGUUUGACUAACUUUACACAUUUUAAAAAAUGCGGAUUGUCUUCGUUUAAAUUAUAAUUUUACCUAUUUUCUGACAUCUAA